CCUUGUCGCUUUUCAAAAUAACACAGAACAUCAUGCAGUUAGGCAUACCAAAUCACGAGCCAGAGAUAGAGAGAAUGAUAGGAAAAUAAAGGACCAAAAGGAGCAGACGAACGAAAGAUAGAGGAGCAGAGAAUGGACAACGAACGACAAGCGAGCCCUGGAAGAGAGCUCCUCCUGCGCCCACUGUAAACAACGUCGGCGCUCGCGGGAGGUGGACGCCCAUCGAGGAUCUGUCUGUGGACAUACACUCACGUGCUCUUUGGAGCUGUAAUACACUGUGAGGCAGUCUAUUUCAUUUUAAGAUGGACCAACUGCCUCAACACAUUCAUGGCUCCAGCUCAGACAAGUCAAAGUUUUUUAAGUCCACAGUCUUAGGAACUUUGGCUGGCUUCCUCAUACCUGUCCUGCUACCAUUCUUUCACCUGGGAAUCAUCUCGCACUUGUGGGAUGAGUUCAACUACAAAGUGGACCGCAAGGGUUGUUCUUGCUCAUGCUGGGACACCAUCUUCAAAGGCAUCUAUGAACGAGGUCCAUCUGGCUAUAAGCACAUUUACUUCAACAUCACAUCCAACACCUUCAAAAUCUGGAUGGUGACUGUCCUCUCCAUUCUUUUGAUUUACGAGUCAGUCAAGAGGACCCUGCGGCUCCAUUUUUCUGGUCAGCUGCGUAAAUCAAUGCUGGUGCUGCUUAUAGCUAGCGUGUAUCCGCAUUAUUACUCGUGGUGGUCGUACUUUAACUACUGGAAUGAUGAUUUCUAUAGACAGUGGAAUCAUCAGCUCUUCUUCUCAAUUACAGAACUCAUUUCUACUCUGGCAGUAGUUUACCUGCUAGACAAGAACAUUCCAAUAACGGCAAGAAAUACUCUCAUCAUUAUAGACAUCGCCAUCUUACAUAUCAUGUCUUCGAGCUUCGAUCAGUUUGUUACAAAUGUUAUAAAUGGGAAUGGCAUGCUGCAUCAGGUUCUACGUGACAUCUUCUUCAUGAUUCCUGACAUACUGCAUGUGGCCCUGCCGUUACUUGAGCUUAAGAAGCUGGCCCGUUCACGAAAUGUUCCAACAGCCUAUGUAAUAUCCAACCGGGAGUUCUUCUGUUCUGUGUCGCUUGUGAUCUUUGGCUGGUUUGUCUGUCUGAUGCUUUAAAAAGUAAGGCAAGCAUUAUACCACUUGCUCUGACAUUUUGAUGGGUUGGGAUAUAUAAAAUUCUCGUAUGACAUAUGGUCUACUGUAGGAUCUUUUUUUCUUAGUAUGUGGAUGUUAUUUUAUAUUAAUCUACAAGCACAUGCACAUGCACACACACGCAUAUGCAUACUGAUGUGCACUCAAACAAAUAAAGAGAGAUAGACACAUGCAAACAAAUAUCAAAAGACGUACUUUCACACAGUCACUUUUGUAAGUAAAGGGGUUUUCUUCCCUAACUGUAUCACUGUUUUAUCUUCUAGUGUUCUUGAGAGAACUAUCAUCUGCUUUAUCCUUAAUGACUGCCUCAUCUUUAUCUUAUUUAAUUUUUCCUUUUUAUGUUGAUUAUUGAUUAACAGAUCAUUAGUUUCAUCAUUUUUAUGUUCACUUGCUGGUGAUCCAGGGAUUAGAAGAAAUGGUGUUUCUGAGCAACAAUGAAAGUUAAGUUUGAGAUCUUCAUUUUUACUCAUAUUUAUGUUGUUUAGGCUUGUGAGAGUGUUUUAAUAUGUGUGUGUGUAGUUUAUAGUGUGCAACCUUGUGAUGGUUCUAUUAAAAUUAUUGUUUUGUG